AUGAUCCUCUUCAAAAACUCGAUCUGCUUACCCCCAACUGGAAUAGUGGGGCCGAUAGUAUCUUGGGUUCUGUGGGCUCUCUGGAAUGCACGCAAUGCUUUGAUCUUCGAAAAGAAGCAAAGCUCCGCCGUAGAAGCUGCAACAAAAGCCCUUCGAUUAGCACUAGAGUGGAAUCAAGCCCAAGCAACACAACCGAUAAAGAAGAGUCUCACUAAGAAAGAUACAAAUCCGGCAACACAAGGCGAAGAAGAAUAUAUCCUCACCAGAUCGAUUACAUGCAAGACGGAUGCAGCUUGGGAUCGAAGCCGUAACGUGGCAGGGCUAGCUUGGAACUUCACAGACCAAUCAUCACAGGAACCAAUCGAAGGCUCCAUGGCUCAGCCGUAUGUCGCCUCCCCCCUGAUAGCGGAAGGAUUGGCAAUCGUGGCGGCUCUGGUAUCUGCAAAGGAUCUUGGCUUCACAAACAUCAUGGUCUUCUCAGACUGUUCAACGCUCAUCGGAGCAAUCAAAGGUUCAACCCAGAGGAAAGAGUUGAUCGGAAUCAUCUCGGACAUCCGAUCAAUCUCAUCUGGCUUCACCGCAAUCUCUUUUUCUCAUUUUUCUAGGAAUCAAAACUCUCUCUCUGAUCGUUUAGCCAAGUCGGCUCUUCUUGUUUCUGUAGCGAGUCCCCCUGUGGGCUGA